AAGUGAAGAUAGAUGGACUUGCAUGUGCAGUGCAGAUAGUUUACCUGAAGUAGCAGCUGGCAGUCUCAAACAUUAUACAUAAAAGCCACAUGACAACAGUCUCAAGCAAAAUAUACCAGGACUAAAAUUAUUGUGGUUGUUGAAAGAUAGCGCUUUAGCAUAGCUAGUUUACCAGACACUCCCCAUAAAAUCCUCUGCGUAAAUGAACUUUGAAAACCUUAUCCAGCAAUUUUGUAAAUAAGUUCAGCUAGAAAGAAUGGUUGGUUGUGAGUCUUGCCAGAAUGAGUUGUGAGCCAAUAAAUGAUGCUAGAAGGAGACCCAUAACACUCUUGGCAUAGAAUUUGUUGUCAUUGUUUUGAUCUUGCUCAAUUCUUGCAUAAAUGGGAAAGUGAACCAGAUCGUCUCUUCAAAGAAAAGAUGCUCACGUCAAGCUUAAUACAUUGGCUGCUUAAUCUGCUUAAUCAUGGUACCAUGGUUCCUGGAAUGAAGACGGGGCGGCGGAAGACAGCAACAAGUGGUAACCUAUUAUCAGCCUCCGAAGCAUGUCCAGCAGUUAUUGGCACCCCGUUGACGUUAUCUGAUGAGACGCAGCCACCAGAUGAUACACAAACAGUGGUGGAGGAGACGCAGCCAGGUGGCGUGGGGCGAAAAAGGUCGACUCGUGUACGAGGACGUACAUUAGGCAAAGGAGUGCAAAAAAGAAUAGUUAGGAAAAAAGGAGAGAAAUUACAUGUGUAUGUCAAUCGUGUGUUGAACGCAAUCACAGGAGGGAAUGCAACCCCAGCGACAAAUGAGUUGGGAUUGCAAAUUAGACGGUUGUGCCCUCUUCGGAGUGUGAAGUCAUGGAGAAAAAUCGAUCAAAGUACCAAAGAUGCGGUCAUCCAAGCGGUGCUAGACAAGUUUGUUAUCGGCGAUGAUUUUGAUAAUGAUGAACAAGCUCAACAAAUCCUCGAUAGGAAGGCAUAUUUGCUAUACAAGGAUUGGAGGUACAAUCUAAAGCAAGAGUUCCUCGAACUUGAGGAAAGGGGUGUUGAUGACCCCUAUAGUCAUCCGCGUAGUGGAGUGAGCUUGGACGACUGGAAAUAUCUUAUUGAUGUUGCUUGGAAAGACGAAUCUCACUUGAAAUGCUCUAAAGCUGGUAAAGCAAAUAGGGGUAUGCUCCCCUACAAUCAUACAAGUGGAUCGCGAUCAUUUCUUAUAGCAAUGUCGCUUAUGGCAAAUGAGGAUGGAGAAAUAGAUUUCCCUGAAUUUUAUAAGAAAUCACACAAGUCCAAAAAGACGGGAGACUUGAUUGACCCCAAAUGUGGUGAGCUACAUGAUGAUAUGGUGAAUCUACAAGUUGUAGCCACCGAUGCGGGGUUGCCAUUGACCCACGAAGAACUAUCAAGGCAAGUGCUCGGGGAAAAAAAAAAUUACUUGCGUGGAUGUGGGGUAGGCCCACAACCCUCUCCAAAUGGCUUUUGGCAUUGACAUGUGGAUCUUCUAUUUUUUUGACCGGAAGAUAAUUCACAGUUUUGCAAAGUUGGGAAGUUUUGGGUCGUCCUCAGCUUUUUGUGUGGAAAUUGGAUGAAUCGUACAUAUAAUUUUAGCACGCAUUACAUAGUAUUUUUGGAAGUUGUAUUAAUUACUAUGGUGGUAUAUGUAGAUUACCUUUUGUCGU